UCCCAAGCCGGCCAGCUGCACCAAUUCUCCAUCUUGUAUACAAGGACAGCUUCUCCGAUACUACAAUUUAGCCAUUCAAAACUUCACCUCGGAUCAGUUGCCAUAAAGAGAAUUUACUAACCCAGCCUCAUCUCUCAAAUCAAAUUCCAGAGAAAUUCUUCUCGAGGAAAGUAUCAACAAUCCAUCCAGGUAUGCAUUUCUCAGCCAGAAACAUGCGUUGGCCGCAUAAUUGUUUCCUCUAAUCAAUCAGGAUUAACGGAUCCUUGUUCCAUCGAUCCCUACGCAAGCUAGAAGCACGAUCGACCAUGGAGGUCAUGGCAGGGGCGGUGUUGAGCGCCCUCCUCCACAAGCUGGACGCCGUGCUGACAGACGAGUACAGGCUGCAGAGGAGCCUGAGGGGCGAGAUCAUGUUCCUCCGCGCGGAGCUGGAGAGCAUGCAGGCAGCCCUCGAGAGAGUAUCCUCGCCGUCGGCGCAGCCGGUGGACAGGCAGGUCAGGAUCUGGGCAGGGCAGGUCAGAGAGCUCUCCUACGACGUCGAAGACAGCAUCGACAGGUUCAUGGUGCGCGUCGACCUCCAUCAUCCGGGGUUCAGCGGGUUCAUCGGCAGGUGCCUGAGCCUGCUGACCACGGCCCGGGUCCGCCACCGGAUCGCCACAGACAUCAGGGGCAUCAGGGGCCUCGUCAAGGAGGUCGCCGACCGGCGCGGCAGGUACAGGGUCGACGAUGGUGCUUUCGCCGUCCGGCGGCCUGCUGGCGCCACCGUCGACCCUCGCUUGCAUGGCAUGUACGAGGACUCGGCGAGGCUCGUCGCGGUGGGUGGGCCGAGGGCGGAGCUCUGCAGGUUGUUGGUGGAGCAAGAAGGCGCGGGUACCAUGGAUGGUCAACUGAAGGUGGUCUCCAUUGUUGGGGUUGGUGGCCUGGGCAAGACGACGCUGGCGAACGUCGUGUACCAGCAGAUCAGAGGCCGGUUUGACUGCGACGCCUUUGUCACAGUGUCCCUCAAGCCUGAUCUGAGGAGGGUUUUGGGCAGCUUGCUCCGUCAGGUUAGUAAGCAGAGUUACAGCGAGGUUGAAGCAUGGGAUGUUGUGGAACUCAUUGACAAAAUCAGACAAGUUCUUCAGGAUAAGAGGUACUUAAUUAUAGUUGAUGAUAUAUGGGACGAAUCAGCUUGGAACUGUAUAAAGACUGUACUAGUUGAGAACAACUGCAGCAGCAGAGUAAUCACAACAACACGUAUUGCUGGUGUUGCUGCAUCAUGCAGCUCUUCCAUCGACGGUAACAUUUAUAAACUAAAUCCUCUUGGUCAUGAUGAUUCGAAGAAGUUGUUCCAUGAAAGAAUAUUUGGGAGUGAAGAUGGUUGCCAUGUGAAACUGAGAGAAAUAUCUCAGAAAAUCAUAAGAAAGUGUGAUGGUGUACCAUUAGCUAUCAUUACUAUUGCCAGCCUAUUGUCUCACAAAUCAAAGAAUAUACAUGAAUGGGACACUGUGAACAAAUCAAUUGGUUCUGGACUUGAGAAAUUCCCCAAUAUGGAGAACAUGCGUCAGAUAUUGUCUAUUAGUUAUUAUGAUUUGCCGUCCCAUCUAAAACCCUGCUUUCUAUACCUGAGUGUUUAUCCGGAGGAUUAUGCAAUAUUGAGUGAUCACUUGGUACGAAGAUGGAUAGCCGAAGGCUUUGUCCAUGGAAGUGAUGUGGAUACCUUAUAUAAAGUGGGGUUCGGUUACUUCAAUGAUCUUAUUAACCGAAGCCUAGUUCAACCACAACAUGUAGAUUCUCGUGGCAACGUAGGGGCUUGUCGUGUACAUGAUAUGGUCCUUGAUUUGAUCACAUCCUUGUCAACUGAAGAAAAUUUUGUCACAACAUUAGAUAGCCAUCAACCUAGUGAUCUUUCAAAGAAGAUACAUCGAUUAUCCAUCCAAAACAAUCAAGAAACUAACACCAUGUCACUUUCUAUGGUGAGUUUGUCCCAUGUGAGAUCAUUUAUCAUCUUUCCUAGUGCUACAAAAUUGAUGCCGCCUCUUUCAAGAUUUCAAGUUCUGCGAGUGUUGGAUCUAGAAGGUUGCCGCGACUUGGAGAAUCAUCAUCUUCAUGGUGUUGGGAAUUUAUUUCAUUUGAGGUAUCUAGGACUAAGGGAUACAAAUAUUACAAAACUCCCAAAAGGAGUAGGGUAUCUGUAUUGUUUGCAAACAUUGGAUUUGAGUCAAAGUGGCAUAAUUGAUCUGCCAUCAACCAUUGUUCAGCUAAGGAAACUUGUGUGCCUAUACAUUGAAACAUCGGUAAGGCUACCAGAUGGGAUUGGAGCCAUGAAAUCCCUACAGGUUCUGUCUACCGUUGGUGUGGGUGCCUCUCCAAACUUCUCAAAGGAACUAGGUUAUCUUACAGAUCUGAGGAUUCUUAAAAUUUCGCUAUCUGGAACAUGGGACAAGAACUAUGAGAAACAUUUGCUAUGUUCUUUGUGCAAGCUGACAAAAAUCAAGGAAAUAAGUAUUCAAUCUUCCGGAGUUCCCACAAAAUUCAUUGUGGAUUUAGGAUGGACCCCUCACAACCUUCGAUACUUUUUCGGCAACAUACCUAGAUUACCAGAAUGGAUGAACUCCUCACUCUCAGAACUAUCCACUUUAAUCAUCACACUAGACAAAAUCCAGCAGGAAGACCUUGGCACUCUCGGCAACAUCCCAUUUUUGCAUUAUCUCUGUGUUACUGUGCACAAAAUCAAAAAGGCAGAAGAAAGAUUGAUUAUCGGCACUGAUCAUGCAAACUUUAAGUGCCUAUCUGAGUUUCACAUUCACAAUGAUUCAUUGGGGAUCAUGUUUGUAGAAGGAGCUAUGCCAAGGCUUCAAACCCUCGAGGUUACAUUUCAGGUUCGCGAGGCGAAGGAUGAAUACAAUAAUUUUGAGGUCGGCUUGGAGAACCUCCAUUCUGUUAAGCUGGUCACAAUUCGAAUGCAUUGUUGUGGUUCCAGUCUCAUUGAGGUGGAGGAAGCUGGUGCUGCUAUGAGGAAGACAUCCUAUGUGAAUCCCAAGCAUCCAAGGGUUGACGUGAUUAGAUAUUAUGAAGAUGAAAUGAUAGAGGAUGAGGAGAAAUCUCAACUCGAUGAGGAAGCAUUCAAAGAACAAGAGAUCAUUCUUGAGAAGAUUGGACCCUGGGGAGGAAAUACAGGGAGAAAACGAGACAUAAAGGUGGCACCACGUUAUCUAAGAAGUGUGAGAAUUUGCUGUGGUGAUGUUAUAGAUGCGUUUGCAUUUUCUUACCUGGACAAAAAUGAGAAUCUGCAUGAGACACCUCUUUGGGGUGGUGUUGGUGGGACCAUCCACACGAUUCUACUAGAACCCUCGGAGCUUGUGCUUGAAAUUUCAGGGACUUUUGGUCCAUAUGGUCAAUUUCCCAGCAUCAUAAAGUCACUUAUGCUUGUGACCAACUUACGUACCUAUGGGCCUUUUGGGCAGCUACAUGGAACUCCUUUCCACUCUCGAGUGAAGAAAAAUGGCACUAUUGUUGGCUUCUUUGGGUGCUCAGGGGAAUUUUUAGAUGCAAUAGGUGUUUACAUUCAUCCUUAGUACCUUAGCUACGACUUCUCAGUGUUCUUUUUUUCGCGGGGAAGAAUUCUCAGUGCUCUAUGAAAAUUGUCAAUACUCAAACUCCAUGAUGUGUUCCUAUAGCAAAUAAUAUGGUUCCUGAUUUUUGUAAUGAUGAAGUGAAUGUUGCCAAUAGGGGAAGAACAUUUUGGCUUGAACCCUGUCCACUUAAAGUUUAAUUGCAUUGAUGCGUUGUUGCUUUAAUUGUCUUAACAUUUAUGUUCUUCACACCUUCAUUAUGCAUUGACAUAUAUUUUUAUUCUCUUUGUUGGGAGUUGAGUUUCCAUCCCCAAAUAGCCCGCCGAUGCUGCAGGAAAAGGAUCAUUUGAUCGAUGCCGCCGCUGAAGUUUGGCCUCAAGAACCAGGUCCCUGGGAGUACGCCACUUUGCCCAAAACAGAAUAACAUGUUAUAUGCGUCGCCCCCAAUUUGCUUAAUCCAAACCAGGGCGCACACACACACAUGUUCCGGCCAGCUAAAAAGAUAGGUGGUCAAAACUUUCAGUGUGCUUGCAAAAGCGGCAAAAGCCUAUUGCCUGGACCAUUGCUCUUUUGAAAUUGCUCCCUGUAAGAGGGGCUCUAUCCUGCUGACACCAUUUCAUACGCGUGUCAGUAACUCCCAUGUAAGCCGGUGCUCUACACAUGAAUUUGGCAGUGUCAAUUUCGUUAGUAGUGAGCCAUCACACAACCCAGUCGUCCCGAUCAGUGAGAAUGAUAAUUUCCAGCGUGUGCAUAAGUUCACCCGGAUUCACUAAGGUUCAGAAACUAAACUAUCUUGGUUUUGAGCUGCUUGGCACAUGGCAAGGGAACUGGAAUUUUGAAGCUGAUUUGCUCCAGUAAUCAUGCCAAAACCUCACGUUCCUACGGUUACCCCAUCUUGUC